UCAAGGAAGGUCAACAGGAAUUCGCUACUGAAGCAAGACAUAUAUGUGUAAGAGAAUGUGAGCUAUGGCUGCUUCAUCGCGCUCCGGUUUGCUCGAUUACUACACGAAGGAUGGCUGGCGACGUGUUUUCGUUUCGCUAGACGAAGAAACGCUUACGUUAAAUGCCGAAGACUACUCGAAAUCUUCCAACUCUAGCACAGUAUCGUCCAAAAAUGGCAACGACUCGUUGGCAGCUUCACCCGAAGAGAAAAUCCCGCCCGAAUCGAUUUUGAAUGAAGUCCGCAAAGUCCGCGUAAUCAAACAAGAAGUCGGAGGUUUGGGUAUAUCUAUAAAAGGUGGAAAGGAGAACAAAAUGCCGAUUCUUAUUUCGAAGAUCUUCAAAGGACUCGCAGCCGAUCAAACAGACGCGUUGUAUGUUGGGGAUGCGAUACUCGCUGUCAAUCAGGAAGACCUUAGGAAUGCGACCCACGACGAAGCCGUGCGUGCUCUAAAGCAAGCAGGACGUGAAGUGGAUUUGACAGUUAAAUAUCUAAAGGAGGUUACGCCGUACUUUCGCGGCUCAAAAAGUAGCGAAUCCAGUGGGGGAAUUCCGAGCACAUCACCUCAAAACUGGCCUGAACUAAAAUCGAUUCUUUUGAAACUCUGUUAUGUAUCGCGAUACAUUCCAGCCAAAGUCCAAGGGGCGGAAGGAAGAAGUUUUGAGAUCUUCAGUUCAGAUGGUCGUUCAGCGUGUAUCUUACGAUGCAACGAUGCAGCAUCCGCCCAGCAAUGGUACAAUGUAAUACAUUCAAACGUUGCUCGACUUAUAGAACCUGCCAUUGAUGAAGCAAACAUAAUUUUAAGCGGCACGCCAGGGAACAGGGAGAUUCACACAAUGGGCUGGCUGAGUGAACAGGUUUAUGUUGGAGGUGAUAGUCCAAAACCGGAAUGGAAACCAGUUUUUCUUGCUUUGACUGAUAAAGAUAUGUUACUGUAUGAUGCUGUUGCGUUCACAUUGGAGGACUGGGCAUCGCCAUUCAUGAGUCAUCCUCUUCUUGCUACCAGGUUGGUAAAUUCAGCGGGUACAUCUACGGAACGCUUGAAUUCACCAGAUUUGACUUUCGGUACCAGAACCGGAUCGCGAAAGGGCGUCGAAGCUCAUCUUUUCCGUGCUGAAACACCAAGAGAGCUAGCACAUUGGUGUCGCAGUAUCAUCGAAGGAGCGCACAGUGCAGCUGCAUUAAUCAAGGAAAUCAAUUGUGCUGUCACGUGGCACAACGAGGAAACACGCCUUACGAUCCAUUACGAGAACGGCUUCAAAUUAACAGACGCUAAAUCUGGUUUCGACCCAAAUGGUAAAUCGCAUGUCAUGUGGUCGUUUCCAUUUGAUCGUUUAAAGAUGUCAGCUGACGACGGACAACGUCUAUUGUGGCUUGAUUUUGGUGGUGACGAGGGUGAGCAGGAACUUGACCUCCGCGGAUGUCCUAAACCUGUUGUGUUCGUGUUACAUACAUUUCUCUCAGCAAAAACUGCUCGUUUGGGACUGUUUGCGUGAAACGAAGAUGCUUUGUUUUUAGAAGACAUUGUAUAUAUUGCAAAAAAGGAGUUUCCAUCGUCACUCAAAUGAUAUAUUUUUCCAUCUGAAUAAUAGUAGAUGAUGAUGUUUUGUUAUAACGCUCAUAUUUAUUUCCGGUUGACGUUUGUCCUAAAUUAAAGAAUGAAUGUAACGGCAAUGCUUUGCGAGCUUCAUGUUCUUCUCUUGUGUUGUUGAACUGUGAAUAUAGCUAUUACACGGAGUUUAAAGAUUAUUUUCUGAAAAACCAACAUUGGAAUAACGUCAUUCUUUAAUUUAACUCUUACUGUUUCUUCGUCCAACCGCGCUUUGGGGUUAGUGGACCAGACUAGGCAGUAGUCAAAUAGACAUGCAGUAUCAACAACCAGACCGCCAAUUUUGGGUAAUCCGAAAAUGGUUAUCUAUGCCUACUUAUCGCGCAAAGCGUUACCUUUAGACUCGUUCUUUAUAAUAUUGUUUCUGUAUGGUUUUUGCCAAACCCCAUUGUUUAGCCGAUUGUCGCGAAUUACGGAUGUAGUGUGUGUGAAUUAUUGAAUGUCGAGGAUUUAACGGUGUGAACAAGCAUUGAAAAAAUUUCAGCCGUAACCUUGAAAGUAACCUUUAAACAAGUCAGCCAUAUUUUGUGUCAUGACUUUAAAAUGUGCGCAAGGCAACCCCCUGUGAUUACUCAAUAGAAUAUUUUUUACCUUUUUUCAAUGCUUAAAGUCAUCUAGCUGAAGAAUUAUAUUUUUAAUAUAUAGUCUAUAACUUAUAACUGUAUGUUACAAAUUUUAUUGGGAUAUUUGUGAAACUUAUAGCCACUCUUUUAAAAUUACGUUUUGCCAGUAAGUAAAAUUGAAGUUUGACAAGUAAUUUGUACAUUUGUUUUAUAAUCUUAUAAUAACUUGCACAUGUAUGAAUUACUUAUGAAUAGAUAAUCGCCUCCCGUA